AUGUGUGUGGGUUGCGCGCCUCCUUCUCGCAGCUCUCCUGCCUCCUUCCUUCGCCCGUCCAGCUCUCUGGCCCUUUCAGUGGUUUCUGGUUACCUCUCAUGUGCGCUUCACUUUGGGGGGGAAGAAGAGAAGAAGGGGAGGGAGGCGCUGAGGGGGGCAGCCGAGUUGCUAUUUGUGGCCAAAGAAUCCUCUUUAAAAGCAGCAGCAGCAGGAAGGAGGAAACAGGAGAGGCGGAGGGAGGAGAAGUUACGCGGCCCCGGACCCCCCAGCCGCGAGCGGCGGAGCGUCGAGGAGCGGGAGGAGGAGGAGGAGGAGACACACAGCGGCAGCAGCGGCGGCGGCGGCGGCAGCCGGAGAAGCCAGCGCAGGGCGAGCGGGAGGAGCGGGAGGAGGAGAAACAGCCGCGGAAGCCGCGGGCUCAGAAGGGCCAGGAGGACGGCCCGGGAAGAGGAGGAGGAGGAGGCGGAGGAGGAGGAGAAGGGGGUAGGGGUGGAGGGAGGGCGGGGGGACGCGCUCCUUUGGAUGCUGGAUUUCGGGGUUUUGGACUCACUCGCUGACUCUCCUCCACUUCCUCGCUCUGGACUGGGCUGGCCGCGCGAGGACCGGGCGGCGGCAGCCACUGGGGGGAUUCCCGCGGCGGGGGCCGCAGCUGCGCGGGAUUCAGUCGGCCGCCCGGACUCCGGCGGCUCGGGCAGGCGUGGGCUGCGCGGCCGUGGAGGGGCGUGAAGGCGCUGGAGCAAAGUGCUGGUGGCUGCGCGGGAGGCGGUGGCGGAGGCUGCCCGGAGCCAACAUGACCAGGUGAGUCCCCCGAGCUGACCCGGUCCGCCCCCCUGAGUCCUCCCGGUCUGCGUCCGCGGCUCGCCCGGAGCCCGGCUCCCGCAGCCCGCAGGUCAGGGGCCGGAGCUGCACACUCCGGCGUCCGCGAGCCCGGCGCCCCGGCACCGGAGCGCACAGUUUGCUCUUCGGAACCUCCUUGGGCAGAGGUCCUCCCCUGCGCUGUUCGCUUCUCGCUUAAAGCCUCAGACCAGGGAGAGUGGCAGUUCUAGAGAAUGAGAGUGUUUGAAUCUGUAUAUUUGUGCGAUCUCCGCUUUCUCCUCCUGGGGUGGGCGUAGUAUUGGAGAAAUGGUGGAGCGGCGGGGCACUACGACCCUACCCAGGGAUUCUGCCGCUGCAGUUUUUUUUUUUAAGAGGCAAUGAUUACUGAUUUAAGGAGGGCUGGUUUUGGUGAUUUCUUUCUUUCCUCUGAACUAGUGGGGAGAAGGAGAAAUAGCAGGAGUCAAAGUCUACGCGGCUGCCAUAGAGGAGGGGGAUUGUUUUGGAGACCUUUCCGUGGCAGAAUCAAAGCUCGUAGUUCUGCCACGGGAAUCUGCUGUUCUUACACGCUCAUUCCGUAGGGAAGGGAACAAAGAAUUUAUCAUGAAAACUCCAACUUGUAGGAAACAAUUUAAAAAGAAAGCCAAGAACAAACUAAACGUUCUUUGCUUUCCUGUCGAUUUAUUGUAGCUUUCACAUUGGCGUGUAGAAAACUUGAAUUGUGUAUCUGUGAGGUUGAUUUUCAUUUAGAAGCAUUAACAAAUUAAGUCAGUUUU